ACGCACCGCUCUUAAGCCCCUUUCCGAAUGUCUUAGAAGCAUUGCUCUAUUUCCCACCUGGAGUCACUUUCCUUGUCUGAAUUACACCUAUUAGUGCUUUCUGCUGGUGGCAGUCUCUGGGUUUCUGUUUGUCUGAAAAACCAUCCGUGUUGCCUUCGAUCUGGGGAGAGAUGCUGUCUGGGUAUUGGAGAUGGUCCCAGUGGGGAGGACGCCCUCCUGUUCACUGCUGUGGGGCAGCCGUGGGGACUGUGCUGACCCAACCAGACUCUGGGGACAACCCCGUACUCCUCUCUGCCUUCUUGGGGGACAAAGGUUGUUCUGAUGGCGUGCAGCUCCAUCUAGUGGCUACAAGUUGAAUUCGCCCAUUGGCAAGAUUCACAAAACCUGGAACUUUCCAGGAGGCUGGCAAGGUGCUGCUCACGGUGUGAUCCCAGGUCCCCCAGGAGACCUCUGAUUAUCUCUUCAGGAGGGGAGGGGUCAAAAUCAUCUUCAUAAUACUGAUAAGCUCAGUGAUCAUUUCAAUGAUGUUCCAUGAGGGCCAGCCACAGUGUGAGAGAGAUCAGAGGAGCAGCGUGGCAGGUGUGAGAACAUCGCCAGCGAGGUUUCGGAUUCCAUGUCGUGGCUCACCCUCCAGAUGUUGCCGUGUGGCCGGGCGUGAGGAGGACAGUCCACCCCGAAUGCGGAACCACGUGCCCAGCUUCCUUGAGCUGGACAUCGAAGAGGUGCACACGAAGAUGUCAAUUGUUGCAGUGCCCUUCUACCAAAAGCGACACAAACACUAUGACCAGUCAUACCGCAAUGUUCAGACAAGGUACCUUCUGGAUGAGUAUGCUGCAAAAAAGCGCGCCUCCACCCGCUCAUCUUCCCAGAAGUCUUUCUCCCAGAAGUCUUUCUCCCAGAAGUCGUCUUCCCAGAGAGCGUCCGGCCAGGCGGCGUUUGGAGGGACGACCUGCAGUAUCUGCGCAAAGAGACUGAGCACCGAUGCGGUGGAAGAGGAGGAGCACGAGAGGAAAAAGAGGUACCAGUCCCUGGUGGCGGCUUAUGGGGAAGCCAAGCGGGAGCGUUUCCUCCGGGAGCUGGCUGAGAUGGAGGAAAACGUGCACGUGGCACGCUCACAGGCUCAGGAUAAGCUGGACAAAUAUGCCAUUCAGGAGAUGGUGGAGGACAAGCUGGCUGGGGACAGGCACUCGUACUUGGAGCGGAUGCGCCGGGCCCCCGAGAUCCUGGUGCGCCUGAGGUCCCACACCGUCUGGGAGAGGAUGUCUGUGAAACUGUGCUUCACCGUGCAAGGGUUCCCCACCCCUGUAGUGCAGUGGUAUAAAAACGGUAGUUUGAUCUGCCAAGCAGGAGAGCCGGGCAAGUACAGAAUCGAGAGCAAGUACGGCGUGCACACGCUGGAGAUCAACAGGGCAAACUUUGACGAUACAGCAACGUACUCGGCGGUGGCCACAAACGGGUACGGGCAGGUGUCGACCAACGCUGCCGUGGUGGUGAGAAGGUUCCACGGAGACGAGGAGCCAUGGCAUUCGGUGGGACUCCCAAUUGGAUUGCCCCCUUCGUCCGUGAUUCCGUACAUGCACUUCGACGUCCAGUUUUUGGAGAAGUUUGGGGUCACUUUCAGGAGAGAAGGCGAGACCGUCACUCUCAAGUGCACUCUGCUGGUGACCCCGGAGCUGAAGAGGGUGCAGCCGCGCGCCGAGUGGUACAGAGACGAUGUGCUGCUGAAGGAGUCCAAGUGGACCAAGAUGUUCUUUGGAGAAGGCCAGGCCUCCCUGUCCUUCAGCCACCUGAACAAGGACGACGAGGGCCUGUACACCCUGAGGAUUGUGUCCAGAGGGGGCAUCAGCGAGCACAGUGCCUUCAUGUUUGUCCGAGAUGCUGACCCGCUGGUCACCGGGGCUCCCGGUGCGCCCAUGGACCUGCAGUGCCAUGAUGCAAACCGUGAUUACGUCAUUGUGACUUGGAAGCCCCCCAACACCACGACCGAGAGCCCUGUCAUUGGCUAUUUCAUUGAUCGAUGCGAAGUGGGAACUGACAACUGGGUCCAGUGCAAUGAUGCACCUGUAAAAAUCUGCAAAUACCCCGUGACCGGACUCUUUGAGGGAAGGUCUUAUAUUUUCCGUGUGAGGGCGGUCAACAGCGCCGGCAUCAGCAGGCCUUCCAGAGUGUCUGAGGCUGUGGCUGCCCUUGAUCCUGUUGACCUCAAGAGGUUACGAGCGGUCCAUUUGGAAGGGGAUAAAGAAAUUGUAGUCUACCGGGAUGACCUCGAAGGCGACGUUCAGAUUCCAGGGCCUCCCACCAACGUGCAUGCUUCGGAAAUCAGCAGAACAUAUGUUGUCCUCAGCUGGGACCCACCUGCUCCCCGUGGCAAGGAGCCGCUGAUGUAUUUCAUCGAGAAGUCCGUGGUUGGGAGCGGGACCUGGCAGCGGGUCAAUGCCCAGACAGCCGUGCGGUCCCCUCGGUAUGCCGUCUUUGACCUUGCUGAAGGGAAACAAUAUGUAUUCCGGGUUUUGUCAGCCAAUAAGCAUGGCCUGAGUGACCCGUCGGAGAUCACCGCCCCCAUCCAGGCUCAGGACAUGAUCGUUGUCCCCUCUGCCCCCGGCCGGGUACUGGCUUCGCGGAACACGAAGACGUCAGUCGUGGUGCAGUGGGACAGGCCUAAGCACGAGGAGGACUUGCUCGGCUACUAUGUGGACUGCUGCGUGGCGGGGUCCAAUGUGUGGGAGCCGUGCAAUCACAAGCCCAUCGGCUACAACAGGUUUGUGGUGCACGGCCUGACGACUGGCGAGCAGUACGUGUUCCGGGUGAAGGCCGUCAACGCUGUGGGCACAAGCGAGAACUCGCAGGAGUCCGACGUCAUCAAAGUCCAGGCCGCCCUCAGUGAGUGUCCUGCCUAUGAUCUGACGUUCUGUGAGGUCAGAGACACAUCCCUGGUCAUGCUGUGGAAAGCUCCCGUGUACUCUGGCAGCAGCCCCAUUACGGGGUAUUUUGUGGACUAUAAGGAAGAGGAUUCCGGAGAAUGGAGUACUGUGAAUGAGGCAGCAACUGCCAACCGUUAUUUAAAGGUCUGUGACCUGCACCAGGGCAAGACCUACGUGUUCAGGGUCCGGGCCGCGAAUGCCAGUGGGGUAGGAAGGCCAUCGGACACGUCUGAGCCGGUGCUCAUGGAGGCCCGACCAGGCACGAAAGAGAUCAGCGCUGGCGUGGACGAGGAAGGCAAUAUCUACCUGAGCUUUGACUGCCAGGAAAUGACAGACGCGUCCCAGUUCACGUGGUGCAAAGCCUACGAGGAGGUUGCGGAUGACCAGAAGUUCAGGAUCGAGACGGUGGGAGACCACUCGAAGCUGUACUUUAAAAACCCGGAUAAAGGGGAUUUGGGAACUUACUCGGUGUCUGUGAGUGACACGGACGGAGUGUCCUCCAGUUUCACCUUGGAUGAAGAAGAGCUUGAACGUUUGGUGGCACUGAGCAACGAAAUCAAGAAUCCCACAAUUCCUCUGAAAUCAGAAUUAGCUUAUGAGAUUUUUGAUAAGGGCCAGGUUCGCUUCUGGCUCCAGGCUGAGCACUUAUCACCAGACGCCAGCUACCGAUUCAUUAUUAAUGACAGAGAAGUCUCUGACAGUGAGAAACACAGAAUGAAAUGUGACAAAGCAACUGGCAUUAUUGAGAUGGUCAUGGAUCGAUUUAAUAUUGAGAACGAAGGCACCUACACCGUGCAGAUUCACGACGGAAAAGCCAAGAAUCAGUCUUCUCUGGUUCUCAUUGGAGAUGCGUUCAAGGCUGUCCUAGACGAGGCUGAAUUUCAAAGAAAGGAAUUCCUCAGGAAGCAAGGCCCUCAUUUUGCUGAAUAUUUGCGCUGGGAUGUUACAGACGAGUGCGAAGUUCGACUUGUUUGUAAGGUGGCAAACACCAAGAAAGAGACAGUAUUCAAGUGGCUGAAGGAUGAUGUUCUGUACGAAACAGAAGCGUUGCCCGAUCUGGAGAAGGGAGUCUGCCAGCUCCUCAUACCCAAGUUGUCAAAGAAGGACCUUGGUGAAUAUAAGGCAACCGUGAAAGACGAGAGAGGUCAAGAUGUCUCUGUCCUUGAGAUAGCUGGCAAAGUGUAUGAGGACAUGGUUUUGGCAAUGAGCAGAGUCUGUGGGGCAUCCGCUUCUCCACUAAAAGUACUGUGCACCGAAGAAGGAAUAAGACUUCAGUGUUUCAUGAAGUAUUUUACUGGAGAAAUGAAAGUGAACUGGUAUCACAAAGAUGCCAAGAUUGCAUCUAGUGAUCAUAUGAGGAUUGGGGGCAGUGAAGAGAUGGCCUGGCUACAGAUCUGUGAGCCUACGGAGAAGGACAAAGGGAAAUACACCUUUGAGAUUUAUGACGGCAAAGACAACCAUCAGCGCUCACUCGACCUGUCUGGUCAGGCGUUCGAUGAGGCCUUUGCAGAAUUCCAGCAGCUCAAGGCAGCUGCUUUUGCGGAGAAGAAUCGUGGCAAGGUGAUUGGUGGCUUACCUGACGUGGUGACCAUAAUGGAGGGCAAGACCUUGAACCUGACCUGCACGGUGUUUGGAAACCCUGACCCCGAAGUGGUGUGGCUCAAGAAUGAAAAGGACCUCGAGCUCAGUGACCACUUCUCAGUCAAGGUGGAGCAGGCCAAGUACGUCAGCAUGACCAUCAAGGGCGUGACCUCUGAGGAUUCGGGCAAGUACAGCAUGAACGUCAAGAACAAGUACGGAGGCGAGAAGAUCGACGUCACUGUCAGCGUGUACAAGCCCGGAGAAAAGAUCCCAGACAUCUCACCACCCCAGCAGGCGAAACCAAAGCUCAUUCCCGCAUCGGGCUCCGUGCUGGCCCAGUAAAGGAGGAGCCGCCUGGGGGUGGACGGCUACCUGAGUGCUGUGUGCUUGUUCAAACGGUGACCGUGAGUGAGGUCACGUGUGCCGAUGGUCCAGCAUGCGUUAACGCUUUUAGUUUUGGCAUUUGGUCGUUAUUAUUUUAUGUCCCUCUAAGGGCAAAAGCUCAGGUUGUUUGCACCAGGCUAAACCAGCUUAUGUCUGUGGAUACCGACCGAGAGUGGGUUGCGAGGCGCCUGCUCAGGUUUCUGUGGAUGCUGGCCCGGGAUGCAAAGCCCCCAGCAUGCUGCACAUGCGGUCUGUGGCAUGGACAGCCUAGCAGCUCCGAAAUCCUGCUUGUAGAGCCUUGCACGCAUGUGCCCCUGGCUGCACUCUGUUUUCUCUCGCUGUAGACAAAUAAAACUUUAAGAGGCGA